AUGCUCUCUUCCUUUGUCGACUGGAUCGUGUUCUCUUCCUCCUCAUCCUCUUCCUUUUCUUCUUCUUAUUCUUCCUCAACUUCUUCCCGAUACGACCACGAAGACAAUGAUCAGGAGGUAAUCAGCAAUGAGAAAAACAACGUCGUCUUGGAUGGCGUUGCCGCAAAUGGUGAUACCAUUCCGGUGGGCAUUGCUGUCACCGACGCGUCUGCUGCGGUCACUGUUGCCGUCCCUGCUACCGAGGCCCCGAUACGUGAUCACCCUCCACCCAUCACGACUAUGAUCAUCAAUAGUCGAAAACGGCGACGCAUUGACUACGACGAGGACGAUGAUGUCGUAUUAAUGGCCGCACAAGAAGAAAAAAAGCACCUUGACGACUCUCGUAGACCGUCUCACCGGCUUUGGACCAACGAGGACGAGAUCCAGCUCUUGCAAGGCUACCUCGAGCACACGAGGAGUCGCGGCAAUGUUAUACACCACAAUGACACCGCAUUAUUCUGUGAACAAAUCGGGUCCAAGCUUCAGGUUGGCUUCAACAAGAACCAGCUCUUGGAGAAGCUCCGAAGGCUAAAGAAGAAGUACCGAAACGUUCUUGAAAAAAUCAAUUCAGACAAAGAGUUUUCUUACAAGAGCAUGCAUGAUCAGGCUACUUUUGAAAUUUCUUGUAAGAUUUGGGGCGAUACAAGGCCCAUGGGCAAACUUGGCGUCGAAGAGAAUACGUUGGAUGAUGAUGAUGAUCAACCGAGUCCCACAACCUUCAAUCAUCUUAAUCUUGUCGAUGUCAAGGUGGAGAGUGAGGAAGUUCUGAGCGAUUUGAGGCUGCGCAAGCCGACAAAGUCCGGCCACGCUUCGAAGAACCGUUGGAUAUCAAAUCGUAGAAACAACGACAACAAUAAUGAUGAUGUUGAAGACAACAAUAUUGACAACGGAAAUGCAACGAGUUUGAUCAAGGAUACAGUACUGAGGAGUUGUUUGUCACCCUGGUUUAAGGAGUUGUUGAGUAAUGCAUUUUGUCCAAUGCCGUUGAAUGGUACUCUUCAAGGGGCGUCGACCAUGAGUUUGCAGGGUGAGGAACAAGUGGAUGAGAAGGGGAGAGAGCAACGAAUUUUGGAGUUGGAGAGGUAUUCCAAGCAGUUGGAGUUGGUGCAAGAUCGAAUUAAGGUAGCUUUGCAGGAGUUGCGGUCUAAUAUCAGAGAGUGA